AUGGCGAGGAGGGUGCAGCUACAUCGUACUGCCAGCACCCGGCCUGAGGCUUGCAGGGUAGGGGUGCGUGGGGGGGGGACACAAAAUGGCGGCGGCUUAGCUCCUACCCCUGGCGGCGGCGGCAGCGGUGGCGGAGGCGACGGCACCUCCUCCAGGCGGCAGCCGCGGCUUCUUUCUCAAGCAGCGGCAGCGCCCCCGGCAGGUGCGGUGGCGGUAGCGCGCGGCCAGGUCUGUCACCCACCCCGCGCGUUCCCAGGGGGAGGAGACUGGGCGGGAGGGGAGCGGGCCGGGGGGUGGAAAUCGGGGGCUUGUGACGCCCCUCCCACAGGCCUCUGCGCGAGGGUCACCGCGGGGCCGCUCGGGGUCAGGCUGCCCCUGAGCGUGACGGUAGGGGGCGGGGGAAAGGGGAGGAGGGACAGGCCCCGCCCCUCACCGGGGCCUCCAGGGCAAGGGGCGGGGCUUGAUGGUGGAGGGGGCGGGGCGACACGGGGUGGGGGCGGGGCUCGGGUGGUCGGAAGGCGGGGGUUUGGAGGGGUUUCCUGA